AUCACCAACGUCCCCAAGAAAGUAUGAAAGAACCCCGGAUUUUCCCUAGAGAGCGGCCAACACCUUGGACUCGUGCUCCGCUGCCACCUCGAGGACGGUUCGACAGUUCCUUGGGACCACAGGGGGGUCCUGUUCUGAACACAGGCCACCCAUUGGGCGUGAACUCAGAUCCCUACCUUAUGGCAGCCGGUUCUCUUGGUGGAAAUUUGGCCCCAUUUCCAAGGAACCCAUCUUCUUUUCCAACUUCAUCAGGUUCAUUGGCUUCAAACCCAGCACCUUUCCCUGUUGGUGCUCGUGACCCAGGCAUGACUUCUUUUCCAAGAGGGAUGAAUCCCACUGGCACAGGCGCAGUUUCUUUCCCAAGGCCAGGUGGCCUUUUGGGUCCAGGCCCAAGUCCAGUUCUAAACCCUAGAACAGGAGCUCUUCCAGGCCCGGGGCCUCUGUCUAACCCCAGGUUAGGGGGUCUCCCAGGACCAGGUCCUAUGUCCAACCCAAGAGCAGGUGGUCUUCUGGGAGCUGGUCCUGACCCUAGAAGUGGUGGCCCCAUGGGCCCUGGAUCUGGACCCAACCUGAGAGCGGGUGUCCUGUUGACUUCCGGGAAUGGUCCUCCCAAUCCUAGGCCAGGUGGCCUGGGCCCGGGACUAAAUCCCAAUCUGAGAUCAGGCUUUUUAGGUACAAACCCUGCCCCCAGGUCAGGUGUGUUUCCAGGCCCAGGCCUUGGGCCCAACCCAAGGGUAAGUGGCCUUGGCCCAGGCCUUGGGCCCAACCCAAGGGCAUGUGGUUUGGGCCCAGGCCCUAAUCUGGAUACUAGAGCGAGUGGCCUCUUGGGCACAGGAUCUGGUCUUAAUUUAAGAAUGACUGGACCUCAAGGCCUAGAUCUUGCCCCCAUUUUAAGAGCGGCAGGUCUUUUAGGAGCAAAUUCGGCUUCCUUCUCACAGGCUUCUGGAAACAUGGGCACAAACCCAUCCUCCAUGGCAAGAGUACCUGGCCCCAUAGGCCCAAACUCAGGUCCUGGCUCUCGGGCAAUGGGCCUUCCAGGGCCAAAUCCAUCUCCCAUGCCAAGGGCUCCUGGCCCCUUAGGGCCUAAUUCAGCUCAUUUCUCAAGGCCAGGUGGCCCCAUGGGGGUAAAUGCCAAUCCCUUUCCAAGGGGGACAGGUUCAGGGGGACUGAACCCAGCUGCCUUCUCUCAGUCUUCUGGCACAUUGGCUUCAAACCCAGCUACCUUCCAAAGGUCUGCUGGCCUCCAGGGCUCAAGUCCAGCAAUUUUCCCAAGAGCCUCUGGGCCACUAGGCCCCAACCCAGCUAACUUCCCAAGGGCCACUGGUCUGCAGGGUCCAAGUCCAGCUACCUUCCCAAGGUCUACUGGCUCAUUAGGCCCUGGUCAAGUUGCUUUCCCCAGGUCAGCUGCUGGGCACCUCAGCUCUUCCCCAGCAGGCCCUAUGAGUAUCAACCCAGCUCCUUUUGUAAGGCCAGCUGGGGCCCUGGGCCUAAACCCAGCAUCCUUUCCAAGGAUGAAUGGCCCUGCAGGCAAGAGUGUGGUCCCAUUUCCUAGAGUGGGGAGCCUCUCCGGCACAAACCAAGCUGCUUUCCCCAGACCAGCAGGUCCAAUGGCUGCAAUGUACCCAAAUGGAAUGUUACCCCCUUAAACACUGUUUUCCCUUCAGGACCACCUUGGUUUCCAGGCACUGUGGUUCUCAGCAGGGGCUGUCUCAAGUAAAAGAGUAGAAAUGGAGCUACAGUCUGAAGAACAUAGCUGGGCUCAAGUUCAAAUGAGCCAUUUUUUCCCCGAUUGAAGGGAUACAUUGGCCUGCAGGUCCCAAUUCACAUGUAGUCCCCUGCUCACCACUGAAGAAAUCAGCUCACUGCUCUCUGGAGAUGUUGUAUUGGUGAAUGGACCAUGCUUCAGUAGCUAUGACCUGGGCAGCUUGGACCUGGUCAUCCUCUACUGCCAUCCCUUUCCCCUGGGAGCUUGAACACAACAAGGAGGUGGACAACCACUUCAAAGACCCACCAAAUACAGUUUCUGCUUGACUGACUGGGCCUGUGGCUCCCUUCUCCUGGGACUUAGGGACAGCCAGAUUUAAGGCACCUCUGCUCAUCCAGCUCCCUCUCCACUGGUACUCCCAAUCAAAGAACCUCAAAUUUUAAACUGAUGUGGAUGGGAAUAUGGGAAUUAGGGUGGGGGUGGGUGGGGAUGAAGGGAAGAAAUCACUGUGCUUCGUUCAGCCUGACAUGAAAGGAUGGUUGGUGUUUUUCCUGCAUUGUAUCUUUUCUUACUGUUUCUUUAAUAAAUGGGAUGAGAGGGCU